AUGAAGGGCAAGGUGUAUGUGAGCGUCUUGUCCCAGCUGCGUGCCAAGCUCACCGAUCGCAUAGACUCCCUGCCCAUCGACGGCUUGGAGCGGUUGCUCGAGACCACCUUCCCCUACAUCGGCCUCGAGGAGCUGCGGGACAUUCCCCUGGCCAUCCUGAAGCGGCACCCCAACAUCCCGGCCACGUACCUGCGCAGGAUCGGGGCCAAGCCCGAGAUCUACGCCAUCUGCCCCAUCCAGGUCCAGCGACAGAUCUGGCAGAUCGACGAGGAGCUGUUCAAGGGGCGGGUCUUCCCGCUGCUCAACCAGUACAUCAACACCGAGCUCGAUGCGCCCAUCAACGAAAUGCUCAUCUCCACCGAGGACCUGGUCGCACCCCGACGAAGGCGGGAGCACAACUACAUCCUGCAGCAGCUCGUGCAGAUCGUCGGCAAGUCGGUCGGGCUCUACAACAAAGUAAAGCAGCAGCCCGAGGCGGGGAGCACUGCCGCUGAGCACUUGGCAUUGUCACGAAUCCCCCCUGACUCGUAUGUGUUGAACCUCGUCGUCGCGAUGCUCCAUUUCUUCCGCACGCUGUUCGUAACCAAUCGGGACCUCCACUUCUGUAGCCUGCGCUCCGAACUGCUGAUGGCCCUCCACGAUCGAGGCGUCACAGAUAUCUACGAUAUCGACCCGUGCCACAAGUUCGCGUGGUGCAUGGACGCGUGCGUGCGCGACCACAUCGUCGAGGAGCGGCGCAUCAAGGAGAUGCAGACCUACUUCGACGCCAUCCCCGCGGGCGACCCCGUGCUGGGCGAUCUGGCGAUGAUCAUCAACGACCCCAACUGUACCAACACGCUCCUCACCAACAUCUUCAACCUCCUCAACGAGAUCGUGGACCAAGAGAAACUGCCAUCGGAGAACGCCAACCUCAAGUACAUAGCCCAACUCCUCUCGCUGGGUCUUCUCGCACGCGACAUCAUCGAACACCAGAACUUUGAGAUUCCCGAGGCGGACACGGAGGUGCUGCACACGUUCUUUCCGAUCAUGGCGCGCAAGAUGCUGGAGGACAUGGUGGCCGAGGAGGACGAGCCCGCCUCCGAGCUCGACCCCGACUUCGAGGCCAUCUUUAAGUCCAACGCCCUCGCACGCAAGGUCGCGCUCUACUACGUCCUGACGCGCGUGCAGGCCAAGGACGCGGAUUCGGUGAAGCAGGUGCUGGACAAGAUCGACCGGGCCAUACUCGCCGACGAGCCCUGCUUCGUGCAAUCGCUCGUCACACAGCUCCUCGCCACCAACGAAAUCAUCAACUAUCUCCAGCAAGCCACCUCCGACGUGCGCGACCGGGACAAGGUCCGACCCGUCUACGAAGUGCUGCUGGACAGGGUCGCGGAUCGGGUGCACGAGCAAAACGCGCCGUUCCUGUUCGAGUACCUGGGCAUCAAGCUGGAGGCCCACCCGACAGACGGCGGCUACAUCGACGAAGACCAUCACUACCCGCCCCACGACGAUUACCACCACCACCAGCAGCAGCAGCAGCGAGAGGAGCACGAGCCUGAGGCCGAGCCCGAGAUGAGGGACGCACGGGAGGAGGCGAGUGGCGGCGAGGCGGCUGCGGAGGAGCGAGACAUGUUGGCCGAGGCGCAGGACGCGACCACCUCAGUGGAGGAGGAGACGAAGGAGGCCAUGCCACCACCGGCCGCCGCCGCCCCAUCACCCGAAGGCCCGACUCAAACCCGGGAGGAGGAGGAAGAAGGCGAGCAGGAGAGCGGCCACCACCGAGGCAAGAUGGACGUAGAGACCUCGGCGGCACCCGACGACACCGUGGCGUGA